AUGUCAAUUGAAAAAGUUAUAACAAAAAAUACCCAUACAAAGUCAAAUAUUGAAAAAUUAGAUGAAGCAAGUUAUUCAAAUAGUUCAUCUAAUUCAAAUAAAAAAUAUGGAGUUUUUACUCUGGUGGUUGAUUCAUUUAGACGUGCUCCUGAUGAUAUAGAUACCGUUCCGAAGAAUAUAUCCAAAAAUGAAUUAAGAUUAAUGGCUGUAUCAACUGGUUUAGGUACUGGUUUAUUAGUUGCUAGUGGUCAACGUUUAGCAAGUGCAGGGCCAGUUGGUGUUUUGGCAAGUUAUGCUAUAUCUGGUUUAUUAAUGUUGACAAAUAUGAUUUUUGGAUUGAGUGAAAUUACAGUUGCAUUUCCAGGAAAAGAAGGUGGGUUUCAAGGAUUCUUUGGAAUGUUUAUUGAUGAAAGUUUAGCAUUUUCACUAGGUUGGAAUUAUGCAUUUCAAUGGAUGUGUGUUAUAAGUUUAGAAUUGGUUACUGCAUCAAUGACUAUAUCAUUUUGGACAGAAACUAUAAAUGCUGAUGUUUGGGUUACAAUAUUUUUAGUUGUAAUUAUUGUGAUCAAUUUUGGUGGUGCUAAAGUUUAUUCAGUAGUUGAAACUGCUUUCAAUUCAUGCAAAGUUAUAAUGUUGGUUGGAUUUAUAUUGUUUGGUUUAAUUGUUGAUGUUGGUGGUUCACCUGCUGGAUUUAUUGGUGGUAGAUACUAUCAUAAUCCUGGUGCUUGGACUGGGUUUAAAGGUUUUGCUUCAGUUUUUGUUACAGGGGCUUUUUCAUUAGGUGGUUCAGAAUUUAUUUCUAUAUCAUGUGCUGAAACCAGAAAUCCAAGAACUUCAAUUAGAGCUGCAAGUAAAUUAGUUUAUUUCAAAGUUAUUGUUUUAUUCCUUGGUUCAUUAUGUUUUGUUGGUUUAUUAGUUCCAUAUACUAGUGAUCGUUUAAUGGGUUCACAAGGUGGUGGCUCACAUGCUUCACCUUAUGUUUUAGCUGCUGAAUUGAAUGGUAUUAAAGUCUUACCGCAUAUUAUCAAUGCAGUUAUUUUAAUUUCAGUUACCUCAGUUGCAACAGCUGCAAUGUAUUCAGUUCCAAGAUUAAUUUUAUCAUUAGCAAAACAAGGUUUAGCUCCAAAAUGGUUUGAUUAUGUCGACAAUCAAGGUAGACCAGCAAGAGCAUUUGGAAUCACUAUUUUAUCAUCAUUUUUUGCAUAUAUUGCUGCUUAUAAAAAACAAGAAACUGUUUUUACAUGGUUAUUAUCAAUUUCAGGUAUUUCAUUUGUUUUAUGUUGGUUAUUUAUUUCAGUUUGUCAUGUUAGAUGGAGAGCAGCAUUGAAAUAUAAUAAUAUAAGUUUAGAUUCAUUAGGUUUUGUUUCACCAACUGGUUUAUGGGGUUCAUAUUUAUCAAUUUUAAUUAAUUUUUUAAUUUUAGUUGCACAAUUUUGGACUUCAUUAUUUCCAUUAGGUGGUGAUGGUUCACCAAAUGCAUUAUCAUUUUUUGAAAAUUAUUUAGGUGGUCCAGUUUUUGUUAUUUUAUGGGCUGGUCAUAAAAUAUGGACAAGAAAUUGGAAAUUAUUUAAAAGAGUUCAAGAUAUUGAUAUAAACACUGAUAGAACAAUUUAUGAUCCUGAAAUUUUAGAAUUGGAGAAAUUGGAAGAAAAGGAUAAAUAUAAAAGAGCUCCAUUUUGGAAAAAGGCAUUCAUAACAUUAUUUGAUUAG